AUGCCUCUCCUCGUAAAAGUCCUUAGAACGGGCCUUGGGUUGACAUCGGAAGCCAUCCAUGCCGCCCGCGAUCGGCCGUCAUCAUCCAACCAGCCAUCUUCCACGUCGCCAGCCCCCUGUACAACAAAUGCUUCCGAUACUGCAGAAAAUGCUGGCCAGGCUACCGUUGAAGGCCUCGCGCAGACCGAGCAUUUUAUCGGUCGUAACGUUGGUGACCAGCGGAGCAAUGCGCACCAAUCCGCGAGAGACCCCCUAGACUAUCUGGAAGGCUACGACCAGGAUGAGGCUAUCUGGCAGCUCGACGAUGUGGUCGAAUCUGUAAGACCACGGACGCAAACGCACGGUGAGACGAUAGCGGCUGCGAUGGCCGAGGAGACUCCGGAUACACCAGCUCCCGAACCAGACGAAGCAGAGGAGAAGAAGAUAAAGCAGAGGGAAGCGUUGGCUCGCGAGCUUGUCGCCAUGGCGGGACCAGUUCCUGAUUUAGCACAGCGUCUUCCUUGUCCCGUCAUCGUUCCUCAACGCCGGCCUAGAAAUAAGGACCGCGGAUUUGUGCGUGCGUACGCACCUGUAUUGGACGAUUGUGGUAUCAGCCAGGAUGUGUUUCUGCAGUUUUUGGAAUACUUGGAUGCAGUGAAUCAUGCCUCUGCGUGGAUCGAUGUAAUUUUCAUCGCCGCCCAAAUCGCAGGUUCUAUUCCAUCCCCCGCGGCCAUGAUUGUUGGUACAAUAGUUGCGAUAGUUGCCGGAGCGGCUCGCGAAUUACAAAAGCGUACUCGUGCGAAUACGUUUCUCGAGAUGGCCAAUCGUGAUUUGUUCAUGCCGCGUGGCCUGUUUGCCGUAGUGAUGGCGUUCAAGCCCGACAUUCCCAGUUCACAACAAGGACUAUUGGGUAACGUGGCUGGCUCCGUCAAGAAGACUCUCUCCAAGAAGGAGAAACUCGAUAUCAACCAGACAGUUGAGAAGUGGAGCAAUGCUGAUCCAAACAAGUCAAAGUUCAAAAAGGGUUUGGAUAAUAUUAGGAUCCAGAGUGGUGAGACAAACUCGGAGCUGGAACUGCCAGAGACUGCAAGCCUGAUCUAUCCCGAUCUAGAUCAGAUCGCAGCGCAAGCUUCGCAAGAUGAGGGAGUCAUGAACAAAUUCAAAGGGGCUGGAAAUUGGGUCAAUGACUAUAUGGAUAGAAGAGCAGUGGUUUUCUAUACCAAGGAAGCGAAACAUCCAGGAACCCCUUUAGUUCUGCCCGCUGAGCAACGUAAACCUAUGAAAUCACGAUUCAAUGACCCCAACCACCCAGCAAACAGCGGAUCAAUAAUCUCUUUAGUUACCGGCGGCCAUGUCCCUGUUCCAGGGUUAAAUAAAUUACAUGGAAAGAGGAAUGAAGCAUUGGGCAUUAACCGCCUUCUCAGACGGCCUGAAGAUUCCUCACGAGACGGUCGACUGGUCUCUGGCACAGGAAGGCAGUUUGUUAAGAAAAAGUUGCAGAAAGAUGUGCUAUAUCUUAUGAUAGUCAAUCUACCUACGGAGGAGGAGAAGAAGGAGGCCAGAGAGCUGGAUGCUCGGCUUGGAGACAUGAUGGAACUGUCGGAGGCCGGUGUUCUUUAA